AAGAUCGUAUUCCUAUGUUGCCGGAAUAGCUCAUAGCCUCAUAUCGAAGUCGAUAUUUGUUGGUGUCGGUGACUUCACAUUUAAUUAAUAUUAAAAAUUAAAACUGACGCCACGUAUUAACAGAAAUCAAUAAAAUAGAACAGAUAACCCUAUAUUUCUCUCUUGUGAUCUACCGUAAUAAGUGAAACAGAUUUUCCUUUCUGAAAAUGGAAAAAACACCGACUUUAGUUGUUUCCAGCCCCAAUAUUAAAUAUACUGAUGAGUAUAUUUAUUCGGACUACGAAUAUGAGGAAACUCUGGUGACGAGAAACGGGGAGGAGAUUACGGCACGUCCGAUCCGCAAAACGCUGGGCAUCCGCACAGACCGUCGCGUGGGCAAAGUGGGGGUGAUGUUGGUGGGCUGGGGCGGGAACAACGGGUCCACGUUCACAGCCGCAGUGCUGGCCAACCGACACCAGCUCUCGUGGAACACUAAGAAUGGGAAGAUGGAUUCUAACUGGUGGGGAUCAAUCACGCAAGCAUCGACAGUGCGGCUGGGCAUCGACGAGAAAGGAUGCGACGUGCACGUCCCCAUGUGCCAACUACUACCCAUGGUGCACCCGGAUGAUUUGGUGAUCGACGGUUGGGACAUAAGUCCGAUGAACUUGGCGGAGUCUAUGGUACGCGCCAAGGUCAUAGACUACGAUCUGCAGCAGAAGCUGAAGAAGGAGAUGGCGUCGAUGAAGCCCCGGCCUGCCAUAUACGAUCCCGACUUCAUUGCUGCUAACCAGGCUGACCGCGCCACCAACCUGAUCCGCGGCACGAAGUACGAGCAGUACCUGCAGGUGCGCGCCGACAUCAAGGACUUCCGCGACAAGAACAAGCUGGAUAAGAUCAUCGUGUUGUGGACUGCUAAUACUGAACGUUUCUGCGAGGUCCGCGCGGGAGUGCACGACACCUCCGAGAACAUCGAGCGCGCCCUCCGCGACAACAACUCGGAGAUCUCGCCCUCCACUAUAUUCGCACUCGCUGCUAUUGAUGAGAACUGCAUAUACAUAAACGGGUCGCCCCAGAACACGCUGGUAGGGGGCGUGGUGGAGCGCGCGGAGAUGCGCGGAGUCUUCGUCGCGGGAGACGACUUCAAGUCCGGGCAGACCAAACUCAAGUCCGUGCUUGUCGACUUCCUCGUUUCUGCUGGACUGAAGCCGGUGUCCAUCGUCAGUUACAACCACCUCGGCAACAAUGACGGCAAGAACCUCUCCGCGCCCAAACAGUUCCGUUCCAAGGAGAUAACAAAGAGCAACGUGGUAGACGACAUGGUGGAGUCAAACCAGGUGUUGUACAAACCGGGCGAGAAACCAGACCACGUCGUCGUCAUCAAAUAUGUACCCUAUGUCGGCGACUCGAAGCGCGCCAUGGACGAGUAUACGUCAGAGAUCCUGCUGCACGGGACCAACACCAUCGUGGUGCACAACACGUGCGAGGACUCGCUGCUGGCCGUCCCGCUCAUACUCGACCUCGUGCUGCUCGCUGAUCUGUUCUCAAGGUUCGCGUUCCGAGAGACUGAUAACUCAUACGUCCGGCUGCACGCAGUACUGUCCCCGCUGGCGUACUUGCUGAAGGCGCCGCUCGUGGCCAGCGGCGCGCCCGUCGUCAACGCGCUGUUCAAGCAACGGGCCAACAUCGACAACCUACUGAGAGCUGCACUCGCUCUACCACCUAAUAAUAAUCUCGGACUGGAGCACAAGGUACCAUUCCUAAUGAAGGAACUCCACAGCGGCGCCCUCUUCAACUCCCCACCAAACAAGAAGCAGAAGCUAACACACGAGAAUGGUGAUCAAUGAAUCACCACUUACGACCCACUAGCCAGUAAUCACCAUUAACCCCCUCACUAAUCACCGUUCACCACACUUGCACGGCACAAAACUAUUCAUGAGCAGUAUUAUUUACAUCGAAUCUUACUGCCAUUGGUCAUUUAAUUAUAGAGAAUAUUAGUAGAUAUUGUCCUAAUAUGUGUUGUAUCAUAUAUGUACUUAGGUAUGUACUCUAUGUUAGUUUUGCGAUACUUUAAAGGCAUUAAAACACCGCUUGUCAUGGUGCGCCCAACUUUAUUCCAACUGUAGCCUUAGUAAGAAUUUGCUUUAUGACUAACGAAAUCGAAACGAGAGCGUUUUCGGCGAUUCUGAUUGGCCGGUUCGAAUGAAUCUACCAAUCAGUGCGCCAAACGCAUUCUCAUUUCGAUCUCGUUAAACGUGCAAGAAAGUCGUACUAAGCUCUGAUAGUAGUAUUAAAAAAUAUGAAGUGAAUUAUGUACUUAAGGAAUCUUUAAGUUUUCAAAGUAUUAUGUAAAUAUUAUUACGCAAUGUGAUUGUGUUUUAAACAUAAUUCAGUAUUAUUUGUUUUUAAAACAAAAAAAAAAACUAUUCUAGACAUAAAUUAGUCUUUAAAGUAUCGAUUUCUAAACAAAAAUUAGUGAAUAUUCCUCGAAUUCGAAAUUUUAUUUAAGAUAACAUUUUAAAAAUGUGCUUUCGGUGUUUGUCGUAAAAUUUAUUUAUUAGAGAAAUGUUUAUUUACUUAUUUAUGUUAUUUUCUGCUCUGGAUAGUAAUUAUUUAGUUAUGCAUGUACUUAGCACUUGCACGUUCAGUUUAGUUUCAAGUAUUUUGGUUAAGUUCUGUGAUAAUGUGUGAUCAACGAUUGUCGUUAUAUCGGUAAGAUGCUUAACUAGGAAAAUUUUAUUUUAAUACGAUAAUGAUGUACAACAUCUAAGGUCCGGUUUUCCAAAAGUGUAAAUGAAUAUUUGCACGUCUUUUACAUGAAAACAAAUUCAUGUGGAUACUAAAUUAACUUUAGUUUCUUCUUGUUGUAUUUUUUUUUUGUAAAAUUACUGUUUGGGAUCGGAUCGUGUACCAAAUAUUUAGUGAUUAUUCCCGUGUCUAAAUUAACUCGAAUUUAUCCAAAGUAUUAUUUGAUAUCAGUCAGUAUUGCAAACAUAAUUAUUAUGUCUAUAGUAAGAAAUUAUAUGUCGAAAGCGUUUCGUCCCACCCCUUCCUAAACGGAUACCAAAAAACGUGUCAAAGUUAUAUAUUGUAAAUAUAUGAUGCAGGCUACACACUUUCCGUUUUAUCCGCGCAAUUUUGACUGAACUAACAAUUUGGAUUGGAUCAUAACCAUCUUUAAUGAUAAGGAUUACAUGAGAUAUUUAUUAUUAUUAGAGAUAUCUUAAGAGAUUUUGGAUCGAGAUUGAUCAGUUAUUGAAAUCGACAGUAAAUAGUAAGGAGUGUCGGCUGUAUGGACCUACGAUUUGACUGUACAGCUACAGUUCAACCUGCGCAGUUAAAUCGCAAGGUGUGUAGCGUGCAUAAUUAUUCAUCUAACGAUGACAUUCCAUUUCAAUGUAGAAUCUCGCAUUUCAGUAUUACAUUAUUUAAAUAGUUUUCAUUAAUUUAAUGUACGACAGUAUUUUAAUGUUUUAUUAGAAUUUCAUGUAAUCUCAGUUAUGUAACUAACUGCCGUACUCAGAGUCAUUUAAUGGUUACUUAACUCAGUCCUUAGUAAUUGUUUUCGAAACGAAAUCGUUACUAAGGUAUAGUUUAAGUAAUCAUUAAAUGUCUCUGAGUAUGGCAGUAAUUUUUUUGAGCAUUUAUUUAGUUAUUUGGUUACAGAAUUUAAGCACAUUUGGUUUAUGAUUUACGUUAUACAUUUUCUAAGGCAGUGUAAUGUAUCAUUAGAUGUCCCUGUAUUAAGAUAAUUGUCAAUAUUUUGCUUCCAAACUUUGAUGUUAUUUCACGGUGGAAAGUUAAUUUUGAUUUAUUGUAACCAGUGUGCUAUAUGUUGAAAUAAAGUGAUUUUUUUAAUGGAA